UGUAAGCAAAAGGUAAGAUCGAUUCAUUUAUCAAGUUAUGAGGAAUAUUCUGUUAUAGCUUUAAAUGCGCAUCCUCGUCAGGAGGUCGAAGGUAUACCACCAGCUCCUUUAACACAGUUCAGCGAAUCAGAAAUGGUUCUCAUUCAUGCAGCUCGAAGUUUUGCAAAUGUGGUGGUGCGACCUUUAGUCAAAGAGAUGGACGAAAAGUCACAACUCGAUCAACGUGUUCUCGAUGGUUGUUUCGAUCAUGGUUUUAUGGCAGCUGAAGUCGAUGAGAAGUAUGGGGGCUCAAGUGCCAGUUUUUUUGAUGUAGCAUUAGUUAUUGAAGAGCUUGCAAAGGUAGAUCCUUCGGUUGCUAUUCUCGUAGAUGUUCAAAACACACUCGUUACACCGCUGAUAAUGGAACAGGGUACUGAGCUACAGAAACAAAAAUACCUCUCAAGACUGCAUAAAGAUAUGGUUGGCUCUUUCUGUCUUUCGGAAGUUGGUAGUGGCUCGGAUGCCUUUGCUAUGAAAACAACUGCGACAAGAGACGAUGACGAUUACGUGAUAAAUGGCAGCAAAAUGUGGAUAACAAACGCUGAACAAGCCGGGUUUUUUAUUGUGUUUGCCAAUGCAAACCCUAGCAAAGGCUACAAAGGCAUUACUGCAUUCCUUGUUGAUCGACACUUGCCUGGUAUUACAGUUGGCAAAAAAGAAAAUAAACUGGGAAUAAGAGCGAGCAGCACAUGUCCUAUUUUCUUCGACCAUGUUCGAGUUCCGAAAGAUAUGGUCCUGGGAGAGAUUGGAAAAGGAUAUAAGUUGGCUAUUGAGUGCUUGAAUGGAGGCCGAAUUGGCAUUGGAGCACAGAUGCUUGGGCUUGCACAAGGUUGUUUUAAUGAAACUAUUCCAUAUCUCCAGGAACGUAAGCAAUUCAAUAAACGAAUUAUAGAUUUUCAGAGUAUCCAACACCAGGUUUCUGAUAUUGCAACACAGAUUGAGUGUGCGCGUUUGCUGGUCUAUAAUGCGGCUCGGCUAAAGCAAGUCGGUUUACCUUAUGUAAAGGAAGCGGCAAUGGCAAAAUGGUACAGUUCAGUAGUGGCUGGAAAUACUGCCACUAAAUGUGUUGAGUGGCUUGGCGGUGUAGGUUUUACUAAGGAAUUUCCAGUGGAGAAGUUUUACAGGGACUGUAAAAUUGGUACAAUCUAUGAAGGAACAUCCAAUAUUCAACUGAGUACUAUUAGCAAAUUGAUUGAUAUGGAAUUUAUGAAUAAAUAA